GAGAGAUGAGGUGGAGCAGGGCAGCAAGCGAGAGAGCAGGAGGAGAUAGUGGCGGUACAGCAAGCGAGGGGGAAAGGACAUCGCGGCUGGAUCAAGUGCUCCCGUUUUUUGGUGUGCCUUUGAAUGACAGUGUCAUGACACAGUUUUGUUCAUCUGCUUUCGAGAUGAAUGUCUCCACUUUGCUAUUUUUAUGGAGUAGAGGAAUUGAAAAAGAAUGGACCAAAGUUGUGUAGCGACAUUUUACUCCUGCAGUGUGUCUUCGGCUCGCUCUUAGAGUGGGAUCCUGCCGCCGUCGGUGCCUUGGCAGAGGGGUGGAGAACAUGCCCUCAUCCUCACCCACUCGCAGGUGCUGAAGUCCAGCUCAGGAUGGGGAAGCUUCGGUCACUGGUGCUGCUUCUGGUGUCACUGGUGCUUUUAGUCAGCCAAAUACCCGCUGCUCUUCCAGGUGGAAGUAAGGAAGCGGAGCAAAGGGAAGCCAUUCUGAAAGAGCUGCUGUCAAUAUGGCGGAACGGUGGGAGCUCGUAUCCAAGAGGAGACCAGCCCCACCACUCAGAAAAGCCUCAGGACCAGCAGGUCCAAACCGUGGUGCGCAACAUCGUUGGGGGACUCAAAUCUCUAGGUCUGCUGUCCCCCAAAAACAUGGGCCUCCCGUCUCUAAACAAGCCCAUAGACCGCCAGCGCCUGUCAGGCUUCCUCUACAACAUCUCCACGUACCUCCAGGAGAUGGGGGCCGAACUGGAGGAGAGGCAGCCGGCCUUCAGGGAGGAACAGUUCUGGGAGAAGAUCCUCUACACCCUCCUGCAGGCGGAAGGUGGCGCCCCCUAUGGGCCGUGGGACAGCAGGGUGCCUCCCAGGCCUAGCUUCAGACUGCAGGACCUGUUCCUGUCCCUCCGCGGCAGCCCGCACUGGGACGGCCUGCUGGGAUUGGUCCAGAGCAUCCAGCAUCUGUCCGAGCGGCAGCCGCAGCGGCCCAUCCUGGCAUUCGUGUCGCAGAACUGGAGGACGAUCAGUGCGCUGCUCGACGCGGUGCUGCAGGCGGUGGUGAGCGGCACAUACGGGCAGGCCAGCGCCGGGCUCCAGGGCUUCAUCUGCGUGCUGCGGGGACGCCGCGACUGCGGGGGCUUCAGCACCGACUGGCUGGAGCAGCUGCUGGGCUUCCUGGAGACGCGCAACUGGAAGCCGGUGCUCAGCCUGCACCCCUCAGACGAUCCCAGGGGCGGUGGAGGGACAUCGGUGUCCACCGGUCGCCUGAGGCCCUUCAGCCUCCCCCCGGAGGCGGAGGCGCUACUGAAGGACGAGGGCCUCGCUGCAGGGGCGUUCCUUCGGAACCAGAGCCUGUUGGACAUUGACAAGCUGGACUCGGUGCAGGCCCUGCUGCUGCAGGCUCUGUGGCGAUCGAGCGCCGGGGAGAGGGCAGCGGCGCAGCUGGCCCAGAGGAACCCCGCGCUCCUUCAGAGUCUCGACGGCCUGCGGAGCGGCCUGCUGCACCGCGUGGGCAACUCUGUCUACGGAAGCCUGCGCAGGAAGGUGUCGCGCGUUACCAUGGCACUGCUGGACGACGUCAGCAGUGUAGUUGGCGUGCCACAACCGAAUCGCCAUGGAAGAUGCAUAGUGGGUGAUCUAAGGCAGCUCAUUCUGUGGGGUAUCAGACACAACUUGACCUGGAACGCCCAGGCCCUGGGCUUCACCUCACAUGGCCCCCCCAGCCGCCCCACCUUCUUGACCUGCCCUCCAGCCGGGAAGGACAGCGGUGCCCCCUCAGCCUCCUCCUCCUCCUCCUCCUCCUCUUCCUCCACCCCACCCACCUACCGCAGGUCCAGGCUCCUUCCCCUGCCUGAGGACGCACUGGUGACGACCCCUGUGCCGACCCCUGACCCCUCGGCCUCGGAGGAGAUCCUGGAGGCCGCCUGCAACGACUCCAUCCCAGGCCUGACGGGCGUGUCCAACUUCACCGUCUUCCUCUACUGCAACCUCUUCACGGGGUCACUGGACGCCCUCAGCGAGCUCGGGGGGCCCGACCUCCACGCCACCUGCUCGGACGCGGCCUGGUACCUGGCGGUGGCCGAGGAGGACUUCCUGUGGGUGCAGGUGUGCAGCGAGUUCUUUGCGCACGAGUUCAACAACACGGUCUGUGCCAACUCCUCGUUCUGGGUCCACAGGGCACAACAGGCAGCACUUACUAAGGACUACGGGUAUUUGAGCCAGUCUAGCAUCUCGGAGCUCUGUGUGCAGCUGACAGGGGAUGCUCCGGGAGCCUCUGCCCCUGAUGCCAGCCAGGACUGCUUGGCACUGCUGGGCAGCCCCUCCAUGAAUGCCCACGACUUCCGCAGGUGCUUCUUACCCAACGACUCCGCUCUCAUUCUGUCCCUGUGUGGAAAUGGGUUGACACCUUCCAUGGACGGGUCAUGGGUGUCCGAAUACUGCUCGCGUGUCCUCAACACCACUCGCGGACUCGCGGAGGGGCUCUGUGACUACAGGAGCUGGCACGUCCAGAAUUUUGCCAAUGCCACCUUGCUGGAGGUCUGCGUCCACACCCCAGGCCUGCGGGACUACAUGUGCAGCAACGCAUCCCUGUACGCCGAGCUCCUCCACACCCGGCCGUCCCUCCUCCUGGGUCUGUGUCUGGGUCCGGCCGAGGUGGACGAGGGCGCCGGGCAGCCCGGGGCCUCCAGCCCAGGUGGACGCUGCGCCCUCCAGCAGUUCUUCGACCUGCUCCCGGCGCCGUACGCGUUCGACACGUCGCAGCUGUGCGCCGACCCGGUGCCCCUGGUGCUGGACGCGCUGCAGAGCCUGAGCCGCUGUGAGGGCACCAUGGACGAGCGCGCCAGCUGGCUGGCCACCGUGAGCUACGUGCUGCGCGUGCUGGACUUCAUGGUGGGCCUGUCAGCGGGGCUGGAGGAAGGCGAGCGCGAGGUGCGGCAGGGCCUGGGCCAGGCCAUCCUGCUGGCCAGUCUGCUGGACAACGGCUCCUUCUGGGCUACGCUGAGGCCCAAUGCCUCCCUCAGCGUCCUCCACACUGUGGGAGUCUUCCUGAGGAAGGAGCAGAACCCAGCCGUCAAGGAGGACCUGCUAAGCUGCUUCAGUCCUGUACUGUGGGAUCUGAUCCAGAGACAAGGCAACUCCUCUGCCCUCAGAGUCCUUAUACAGGAGUAUCUGAAGAUGCCACGGGAGGGCAUCCAAAUGUUGGUGAUGUCAGCUGAGAAGGACGCAGUGAAGAGAUUCCUGUCUCACGUCCAUCAGAGCUGGGACCAGCUGGACGUGGUUGUCGAGGCCUCCCCAACAGAGCAGCAGGCUAUGGAAACCAUGACGGCCGCUUUCAUCCAGAAGUUUCCACGAGUGACCCCUGACCUAUUUGUUGACCUCUCCCAGUUCAUCCCCUUCAUGUCUGUCUCUGACAUCAUGAGCUUCCCUGCCUCUUUGAUGGUCAAUGACAGCGUACUGCUGGCGAUCCGGGAGCACAGCUCGGUGAUGAAGUCCCCCCAGAAGCAGGCGUUUGUCAAGCGGCUGCUCCAGUCGCCCGUGGCCGGUGAGGUGGCCUCCUGGCCCCACUACUUCCUCACCUCCAUCCUGCCCCUGCUGCCCCACCUGCCCCUCGGCCAUUUCCAGCAGCUCACCGCACAGCAGCUCACUCCUCUGUUGGAGCUGCUGGGUAACAGCAGCCUGGAUGCCACUAGAGGGCACCAUAUCCUCAGGACUGUCUACCCCAAGAAGAGGAACCUGACCAAUGAAACCCUACUGAGGUUGGGCGUGCUGGUGUGUUACCUGAGCCUAGAGGACCUUCGGCCGCUCCUGUCGUCCUCCCCUCACCCCGCCCUGUGGCAGCGGCUGGCCUCCUGUGUGACUGACGGACUGGUAGCGUCCGACGGCAGGCUGUCCCAUUGGUUGGGGUUGGCGCUGGAGUCUCUGAAUGCCAGUGCUCUGUCGCCAGCCGCGUUGGCGUCCCUGCGGGGUCUGUUGCCCCAGCUGGGUGCUGACUUCCUGAUGCCCGUCUCCUCAGCUGAGCUGCUGCACAUUCUGACUCAGCCUGAUAUGCCCACCUACACACCUGCACAGGCAUUCCAAAUACUGGAGCGGAUUUCUGAAAACACAAAUCUCAGCGUGAGUGUGCUUUGCCAGCUCAGGCCUCUGCUGUCUGGCUUGUCGGCAGGCGUGCUGAGGGACGUGUUGGGGCCUGAGUGGGGCCUACUGGGCCAGGAGGAGUGCCAGUGCUGGCGCCCCCUGCUGUUCACCCUGCGCCCUGCACACAGAGCCCUGCUUCAGACAGCCCUCAGGGAGGGGCUGGACAGACGAUCUGCAAACACGUCUCUGCAUCUGCGCUGUCUUCUGCCCCACAUCCCCUUGAAGAGACUCAUGACAGGACUGGGUGGAGAGGCCAUCCUCACUAACCUGAACCUCUACAGGGACCUACCAUGGUCCCCGCAACAGGCUCAGCUGCUUUUCAGAAGGGUCCAUCAAGUUGAGAACAUUACAUUGGAAAGUGUGCGAACUCUGGGCCGUAUUGCCAGAGGGAUGAGCUGUGAUUGGCUGAUGCUCUGGACCAAUGACACAGGCUUCCCUGAAUUGUUGCAGUUUGUCAGCAAGUUGCCAGGACAACUGAGGCCAGCUCUGAGAAAGUGUAUGGUGGAGGAGUUGAGGAGGAGACCUGAGAUGGAUCUUAAUGAGCUGGACCCGUCCUUCUCCGCAACACUGCCGAUGAGGAUGCUUGACAGCCUCUCCAACACCACCUUCUUUGCCAUUCUGGAGCACAUCCGCCACAACUUCACCCACUUCCUCACACUGCCCAGACACAAACAGAUGGCCCUUGCCGACAAAGCUGUUGACAUGCUCGGCAUCUCCCAGCAGGGCCUGACAGGGUCAUCUCUGGAUCUGCUGGGGCCGCUGCUUCCCUUCCUGGACCGGGCCACCCUGCGCCUGGUGGACCGGGAGGCCUUGCGGCUACGUCUGGAGGAGCUGAAGGGCUACUGUGUGCCCCAGGACAGCCUCCGGGACCUGGGCUCGCUCCUCACGGAAAAGGCCCUGCUUGGGGAGCCGGGUUCCUGGAACGUUGGUGACGUGGAGCAGGUCGGCAGACUGGUGUUUGCGCUCACUCUGAAGCAGAUACGCAAUCUUCCCCUGAACCAGCUGGGUGCUGAGGUGGUGGAGCAGACCCUGCAGAGCCAGUGGCGGUGGGAGGAGAGUGAUGUUGGCCAGGCCUGUGGUCAGCCCCCGUCCCUCCGAGACAAGAUCCACACCUUCAUCCACAAACUUAUCAAAGGCAGACGCAGGAGACAGAGAGAGCCAGUGCCGACCUGCGCGGACAUCAAGGGCACCUUCCCCUCGGCCUGGCACACGGCCCAGUACCAGCGCAUGGCUGACGGAGAGCUGCAGCGCUGCGUGGAGUUUGUGGGCCGCGACCCGGAACUCAGCCCUGAUCAGCGCUGGACGCUGUGGUCUAAACUCAGGCAGUCCUAUAGGCCAGUGCGAGCCAUGCGUCCUGAGCAGGUUCUGCAGCUGGGAUCCAUCAUCACAGAGCUAGGUGAGAGAGAGCUGCAGGCCCUGGACCUCUCUGACCUGGGACUGGUGGCGCACCUGGGCAGCCUGCAAGACUGGAGCCCAAAGAAGAUGAGGGCAGCUCUGCUUGGCAUCUUGCGGCGACGUGGGCAGAGGCCAGAGCAGCUUGGAGUGGCAGAGCUGGCAUCAUUCGGGCACCUUAUCUGCGGAUUCAGCAUUCCUGAGAUUGCCCGUCUGGACCCACACAAUCUUAGUCUGGCGGUGCUGUUCCUGAGGGAGCUGGCCUUGCCCUGCUCGGAGCAGCAGCUGGAGGCUGUGGUAUCGCGGCUGGCCAGCCCUCUCGCCUUCGGGCCUAUUAGUGGAUGGACCUCCGAUGUCUUCACAGAAAUUGGCACCCUGGCAGUGGGUCUGGAAGACAUGUUGAUGUCUGCUCUGGUGAAGGAUCAGAUCCAGGGCCUCACGCCGGCUGCCAUUGCUCUCAUCCCACCCCACAAACUCUCCGUGGUGCUGAGCACAUCCCAGCUGUCCUGGUUGGGCCCGGAGCAGGCCUCUGCUGUCACGGAGGAGCAGUGGGCCGAGCUGGACAGCCAGCAGAAGCAGGCCCUCAACCUGGCCCUGUACGAAGGGGAGGUCAUCCUAGAGCACCGAGGUCGUAAUGGAGGCGUUUCAGAGUGGCCCACUGAUAGCUUCACUGUGUGCUCACUGUCCCUGUGUUGUAUAUUAUGGCAUCUACUGUGAAAAAGAAGAGAAUGGAGAUUUAUUCACUUUAUUUAUUCAUGGCUCUUUAUUGAAUUCUUACAUUUGUAAUUAAACUUGCUCUUUUCAA